AUGGCUAGUCCAGCUAUUGUCACCGCUCCUUCUGUGUCCCAACCCCCAACGCUACAUCAAGACGCAGAUGUCGAGUCGUCCACAGACGCGACUAGUUCAAUCGACAUAGAACAUGUCGCAGUUAGUGACGACCCCCGUCAGUGGAGUUCUGCUAGAAAAACAGCAACUUUGUGCAUUGUGUCACUGGCUACAAUGGUGUCUGCAUCGGCUUCUAACAUUCAAAAUCCCUCUAAUUUGUUGAUAGAAGACAAUCUACAUGCGACAAGCAGCCAGAUUAGCUGGACAUUGGCGGCGUUCCUGAUCAUCCAGGGGAACUUUCCUCUGAUAUGGAGCGCUGCAAGUGAAAUUAAAGGCCGCAAGCCUGUCUAUUUGGUGGCUUCGGUUUUAUUCAUGGUAGGAAGUGUUGCGUUAGCACUUUGCCAGAGCAUCGAGGUGAUGAUCGGCAUGCGAACAGUUCAAGCUGCGGGAUCAUGUGCUGUCAUGGCUAUUUCAGCUGCGACCCUAGCUGACAUUUACGAUACUCAUGAACGAGGGACCACGAUGGGUAUCUUCUUUGCUGCACCUCUGUUAGGACCUGCAAUCGGCCCUAUACUUGGUGGUUCAUUGUCACAGGCCUUCAACUGGCGCGCAAGUUUCUACUUCUUGCUGAUCUGUGAAGUUGUCAUCUUCUUGUCCUUCCUCAUCCUGUUCAAGGAUACAUACCGACGUGAACGGAGUCUCACGUAUUGCUCUGCUUUACAACGACUUCUCAACUCCAAAGAAGCUAUUCAGAGUCCAAACGGGUCUAUCAUGAACGGACACGAAUCCAGCAAGGACCAAACCCAAGCCAAGGACAUCGAGAAGCAGGUCCAAAUGCCAAAUGUCACAGACGGUGCCUCAGUGGUAACUUCUACGCCGGGGCUGGACGAUGUCAAACUAUCAUUCAGGGACAUCAACCCAUUUCCGCCAUGCUUUCUAAUCGUGUCGCGCAAGAACAAUCUUGUCAUUCUUAUCGCUAAUGGACUCGUCUUCGGAUUUACCUACUGUCUUUCAUACACGUGCUCUCGCACUCUCGCCAAUACUUACGGUUGUUCAGCAUUUACCAUUGGCUUGGUUUUGCUUUGCUUGGGCGUAGGAAGUAUCGCUGGCAGUGUGCUUAGUGGACGUUGGUCCGAUCGGGUGCUUGCGAAAAUGACGAAGGCGAACGGAGGAAAGUGGCACGCCGAGAUGCGCUUAGAGAGCUCGAAGCUGGCAAUGUUGUGGCUACCUCCAUUUGUCAUAGGUUAUGCUUGGGUGUGCGAAAAGCAUGUCAACAUCGCCGUCGUUUGCAUCAUGCUCGUACUUAUUGGAUUCGCCUCCAUAUGGAUGUAUACUAGUACAUUGGCAUACCUCGUUGAUGCCAACCCUGGUCGCUCAUGUCCAGCGGUGGCGACCAACAGCUCGUUCCGAGGAUCGCUAGCUUUUGUUUCGGUUUUGGUUGCUGUACCGCUCCAAGAUGCUUUAGGAGAUGGGGGCUUGUAUACGGCGUGGGCUGUCGUCUUAGUUGUGAUGGAGUUACUUGUUUUAUUGGUGCUACACAAGGGUGAAUCAUGGCGCAGGGAAAGCGAGGAGCGCGAGCUUAAAUCAGGGAAUUAA